UGCGGCCCUUCUUGCGAGCUGCUACUAUCUCCACCACCUCGUUGUGCAAAGACCAGGCCAUCCAAUGGCGUCAGCGCCUCCGAAGGGGGAGUCGUUUGACUUCGAGGAUCCACGCGCGCAGGAAGCCAUGGGAUCUGCCUCCGCGUCCUGCAGCCCUGCCGGAGGCGUCUUCGGCGUCUCCCCGCCGGAGUCCUCGCGCCGCGACAGCCGAAAGAGAAGGAAAGACAGGCCUUCAUGGAUCAAACAUACGUUCACACCUCAUUUUGACGGUCACCUGUGGAGAAAGUACGGCCAGAAAAACAUCAAGGACUCUGCCUUCCCAAGGCUUUAUUACAGAUGCUCUUACCGUGAAGACAGGCAAUGCCUUGCCUCAAAGCUGGUGCAACAGGAGAACCACGAGGACCCACCACUGUUCAAGGUCACCUACACGUACGAGCACACGUGCAACACCGCGCCCGUCCCAACUCCCGAUGUCGUGGCCGAGCUGCCGGCGCCGGCAACUGGCGACGCGCUCCUUCUGCGGUUCGACUCCACGGGCGCAGGCCACCGAGGCGCGCACCGGAUGGAGCAGGAACGACAUUACCAGCAGCCUGCGGCACCUGGGUCUGGGUGGCCGUCCAUGAUGCUGAGCUUUGAUUCCAAUAACCGUCAGCACGAACAGUGUACGUUCCCUUCCGAGCUGCCGCCAGCUGCGUCGUCGUCGUCGUUUUCGACCGAGGGACUGCCAGCGCCGUCGUCUACAACCGAUGGCGGAGACGACGGGUUCUCGACGUGGGACUCGUUGAGAUACGGAUUAAAUGACCAUGUGCACUUCGGCGACCAUUCGUAUCUCCCAAACAGUGGUAAUGAUGGUGACGAUAACUACUGACCGUCUGUCUGGCCACAUCCA